AUGGGGUUGUCGUCUCGAUUUCUCCGCAUUCCGCGGCCAGAGUCUUUUCUCUAUGUGAUGAGCUUAGAGACCGGUGCCUCCCUGAUCACCCUGUCGCUCCUCUUGAACAAAAUCAGUGGCUUCUAUGGCCUACUCGCACUCUUCACCGGAUAUCACCUAUCGCCCGUCCAACUGUCUAUGUAUCUGUGGUCCCUGAUCGCCCUGGGACUCGCCGUCGCACUAUUCCCUCACAUCCGCAAGCAAACACCGCUACAAUGCCUUGCGCUCGCCUACCUCUACGUCUUUGAUAGUCUGAUCAACGCCGCAUACACGGCCGCCUUUGGAGUGACUUGGUUCUUAGUGGUGUCGCAGCAUUACGACAGUGGCAAGGCAGUCGGUCCAGGAGGCGACACCAUCGCGCAGACCGCUGGUUUCACCAACCCCAAGUACGACGCCGCAUACGUCGAAAUCCAGAACACCAAGGAUGGCAACAACUUCAUCGCUCAUCCCCCGCGCUCCGACGAUCUCAGCAACGUCGUUCUCCAACCCGAGAGCCUCCAGAGCAUCAUCUUCAUCUGCCUUCUGUGGGCGAUCCGUGUAUACUUUGUGCUCAUCAUGCUGGCUUUCGCGCGCCAGGCCUUGCGCCUUUGGGUCGCAAUUCCCCGCCACACUCAGCUCCCCACGCACAGCCGCAACGUCUCGGUCGCCAGUGUUGCCGACAUCGACCGAGAGCCUUUCUCCCCUUACAGCCCCGAUGGACAAGGCUGGGAAGGCAAGAUCGGUCGGAUCAUGAUUGGCAUUGGUCACAGUUACUGGUUGGGUGAAGAGGAGGACGGCAACUGGCUCAGCGGUAUCAACCACAAGUUCCGAAACCGUUCAAACAACACGGAGCUGCCCGGUGCGCUGGAGCGCGAGAGAAGACGUCGCUCUGGCACAGGUCCUCCCCAACCUUCGCCUUCAAUCGUUCGCCCAAGUGUUCUUCACCAGCCAAUUCCGGAGCACGGUACGAACGUCAAGAUGCAAGAUUGGACCGCGCCUCGAUAA